AUGAAUGAGGAGUUAAUGCAAAACAGUGAAGAUGAGGAUAAUGGAGAAAAGAUGGAAGUUCUCAGUGAUGCAGGGUGUAGCUCAGAGAGUUGGGCCAUACUUCCUGUUUUGUGCUUGACGCACGUGUUUAAGUUUCUUGAUGAAGGGGAUCGCAGGAGUUCAGACCUGGUUUGUCAGCGCUGGCACAACACCAUGCACUCUCCCUCCCUCUGGCGCUCACACACCUUCCACCUCAAUGUCCGGCCGUCCAAAUACAGGCAGUCUGAAUUCCACUCUUCUGUGGCCUAUGUCCAGUCUCGAGGAGUCUACCUGGAGAGGUUGGCCGUGUUGGUAAAUCCUCCAUCCACUUACUCGAUAGCCUGGAGACUGUUGAGAACAAUCAAGACAGUAUUUGAUGAGCUUACCAGAGUACGGGCGUCACUGAAGUCUAUCAGCCUCUCAAAUCUGGAGUUAGACCGGCCCUGCUGGACUUCUGGACUCAGAAAUUCUUUUGUUAUCUUCCUGGUUUCCUUCCUCCGCACACAAGGCUCAAAGCUUGACUCCGUUUGUCUGAAUGGGAUGAAAAUCGGCAUGAUUCAGGGUCUGGAGAUGCUUUCCACCCUGGCACAGUCUCAGAAGCGCACCAACCAUCGCUACUACAUCUCUACUUUGGACUUGAAGGGUUUCUUUUCUGGAGAAGUUCCAGUCUACCGCAACUCCAACAUGCCCCGCACCCUGGGCUUCAUGAAAGGCCUCACCCACCUGAGCCUGAGCUACUCCUGUCUGUCAGAUGAGCUUCUAAAGGUGAUUUGCGGUCACUCAUGGGAAUCUCUGGCAUCGUGCUGCCCGGGCCUGAAAGUCAAGAUUGCAGUCGACCAAAUCCUCAACACUGACCGACUUGCAAGGAUCCUGCUGCCUGAGAUUCCCCUUGUUGAUUUCAGCAUGACAACUUUCUACUCUCCCAACGAAGAAUGGAGCCCCAGGCCUCUCUUCUAUGCCAUGCUGCCUCAGUUCAGGCUCACUCUGAAGUUUCUGACCCUGCACCUGAGUAACUGCAGUGAACUAUUGGACGACGAGCUGCUGAAGCUGGUCAGACGUUGUGAUCGUCUGGAGCAGCUGAGAGUCUGGGCUUUCCUGGAAAUCAGAACUGUGCAGAGACUGCUGAGAAUCAGGCUGGCACAAAGGAGCUUACUCAACACGAUCAGGGUGAGUGUCUACUCAGUAGAAGAGGACCACGAAGAGCAGAAAGAGCAGCUGGAGAAAUUAUUGUCUACAUACCGAGAUCUCCCUCCUGAACUGGAAUUUUUUGCUACAGUCUACCCCUAUGUGUAAU